AUGGCUCCUGUCCUUCCUCAAACCUGCAAGGCUGUAGUCCUGGACGGCCCGCACGCCCCGUGGGCCCUGCGGGACGUGCCCGUCAAGCAGCCGGCCGAGGGCGAGAUUCUGAUCAAAUCUCUCGCGUGUGGCGUCUGUCACAGUGACGUGGCAACGCAAAACGGCGAGUUUGAUUUCAUAACUAAGUACCCCGUUAUUGCCGGCCACGAGGUGAUCGGCGAGAUUGUCGCCCUCGGGUCCAACGUGAAAGACUGGAAGAUCGGGGAUCGAGCCGGCGGCGCCUGGCACGGGGGCAACGACGGCCAUUGCAAGGCUUGUGCCCGGGGUACUCCCCAGAUCUGCUCAAAUCUCGAGGUGAAUGGGGUCACUCGCGAUGGUGGAUUCUCCGAGUACUGCACGCUCCGCGCCGACGCCGCAAUCCGCGUGCCCGCGGACAUGGACCCAGUGAAGACGGCGCCGCUCCUCUGCGCCGGCAUCACGGCCUUCAAUGGCAUUCGCAAAAGCCACAUCCCGCAGGGCGACACGGUGGCUAUCUGCGGAAUUGGUGGUCUGGGUCAUCUGGCCAUCCAGUUUGCACGCAAGAUGGGCUAUCGCACUGUCGCCGUCUCCGGGACGGAGGACAAGCGCGACGCCGCGUUGGCGCUAGGGGCGCACCGGUUCGUUCACACGGGCUCGGAAGACCCCGUGCGGGCGCUGAAGCAGGAUGGGGAGGGCGCUUCUUUGGUUAUCAUGUUUUGCAAUGAUCCGGACGUGGUUAAGCAGAUGACUGCCGCGCUUGCCCCGGGAGGGUCGAUACUAUUGAUAGCGCCUGUGAAUGGCGUCACAUUGGACUUCACGGAGCUGAUCGUCUUCGGCAAGAACGUCCGCACCUGGUCCUCGGGGUUUGCGCCAGAGACCCGCGAGGCGCUGGACUUUGCCAGCCAACUGGGUGUGAAGUGCCAGACUCAGGAGUUUGCCCUGGCCGAUAUUGACAAGGCCUUUGAGGCGAUGAACAACCGCACUAUUCGCUUCCGUCCGGUGGUCAACUUUGCUUUGUAA